CUCCCCUGCCUCCGCCUGCCGGGUGCUGUGCCGUGCUGCAGUGCCUCCUCGGCGGGCUGCCCCCGGGAGCUGACUGUCUCCAGGCCUGGAAACCUGUGCUCCUUCUGUGCCCAGACCCCCAGCUCCAUGGGCUCGUGUGCCUGGAAAAGUCUAGUCUUUGAUGUCCUGGGGCCUCACCUCACAAAGGACUGGGGCACCUGGAGGAGAGUGUGGAUUUUCUCAGCCUGGCCAACAGUGUUUCCCCUGGAAAUCGCUCGGAGAUCAACCAGCUUCACAUCAGGUGGUCUCGGGUUCUCAAUGAGGCUGUGGGUGUGCACAUCUGGGGCGUCUGCACAUCUGCCCAAGGCUGGCUUCUUACCGGAGAAGUUGCUCAGUAACUACCUGCCGAAUGAGUGCGUCACUGAGCAAAUAAAGCUCACCAUGUCGGCCAACGUCAGCCUGAAGCUGCUCUGCCCGGUCCUGGAGCAGAUGAGCCGCAUCCAAAGCCACAGCAACUCCAGCAUCCGCUACAUGGACCACGCAUCCGUGCUGCUGCACGGGCUGGCCUCGCUGCUGGGCUUGCUGGAGAACGGACUCAUCCUCUUCGUGGUGGGCUGCCGCAUGCGCCAGACCGUGGUCACCACCUGGGUGCUGCACCUGGCGCUGUCGGACCUGCUGGCCGCCGCCACCCUGCCCUUCUUCACUUACUUCCUGGCCGUGGGCCACUCAUGGGAGCUGGGCACGGCCUUCUGCAAGCUGCACUCCUCCAUCUUCUUCCUCAACAUGUUCGCCAGCGGCUUCCUGCUCAGCGCCAUCAGCCUGGACCGCUGCCUGCAGGUGGCGCGGCCCGUGUGGGCGCAGAACCACCGCACGGUGGCCGCGGCGCACAGGGUCUGCCUGGCGCUCUGGGCCCUGGCCGUGCUCAACACCGUGCCCUACUUCGUGUUCCGGGACACCAUCCCGCGGCAGGACGGCCGCAUCAUGUGCUACUACAACGUGCUGCUCCUGAACCCCGGGCCCGACCGCGACGCCACGUGCAACUCGCGCCAGGCGGCCCUGGCCGUCAGCAAGUUCCUGCUGGCCUUCGUCGUGCCGCUGGCCGUCAUCGCCUCGAGCCACGCGGUCGUGAGCGUGCAGCUGCGCCACCGCGGCCGCCGGCGGCCCAGCCGCUUCGUGCGCCUGGUGGCGGCCGUGGUGACGGCCUUCGCGCUCUGCUGGGGGCCCUACCACGUGUUCAGCCUGCUGGAAGCGCGCGCGCACGCCGACCCCUCGCUGCGGCCGCUCGUGUGGCGCGGCCUGCCCUUCGUCACCAGCCUGGCCUUCAUCAACAGCGUGGUCAACCCGCUGCUCUACGUGUUCACCUGCCCCGACGUGCUGCACAAGCUGCGGCGCUCGCUGCGCAGCGUGCUGGAGAGCGUGCUGCUGGACGACAGCGAGCUGGGCGGNCGGUCCGCGCAGAGGGCCCGCGCCCGGUCCCAGGACGAAAGGGGCCCCCUGAACCGGGCGCUGAGCUCCACGUCGGGCUAGAGGGCCGCCCGGGCCUCCCCCUCGCCGGGUGGGUCGGGGGGGGGCAGGGCCGGCGGCGAUCAGGCGCGAGAGCAUCCCGGGUCGGAGUCAGGCUGGGACCUGGGGAUCUGCAUUUUAAAGCGCCUCCCGUGACUCAGUUCCCUUCAGAACCGUCAGCGGGCGGGGCGGGCGCCCAGAGGCUGCAUUUCCAUCAAACUUCCAGGAGGCGAAGUCAGGGCUGCUUGUCAGCGGACCCCGUGUGGACCAAGGCGGGGUUAAAACCACAAGAUUUCUCAAACUAGGGUACAGGGGAUGCACCUUCCUGGAGCUCAGGGGAAGGGAGGUUAAGUAUUUUUACAUGAAACCAGUGAUACGUUCUGGAGUAGGAAACGGAGAGACGAAAGGUUUGGGAAGCAUUGGUCCGGUCUAACUCUUCAUGUAGUCACCUAGCCAACGUUUAUUGAGCUAGAUGCUUGAUCCUGCAACCUUGAGGGACAGGUUCUAUAAGCCCCAACUUCCACCCAUGAUCCAACCGAGGUACAUGGAGAUGAAUCCACCUGUCCCAAGUAUAGGGUCUGCACACUCGCCAUUCAGCACCACGCGGUUCCAUGGCCAUUUAGUAAGUGAAAGGACACCCCCCACCCCCCACCCCGGCCUCAACACACCCGACGCUGAAGGUCUCGGCUGUAAGAGGCCCCAUCUCUACCCUACUGACCCAGCACCAACCAAGGAGUUUAUAAGGUAGAAAGAGCAAGGGGUUCCAUGGUCAGUCUGGGCUAAUCCAAGUGCAGUGGGGAUCUCUGCUGAAGGUCGUUUUAGUGUUUCAAUGUGCACAGCAGCCUCUGAGACCGUAGCACGUGACAUUUCCUCACGAAUCUGACAUCUGUGCAGGAUUGGUAUUUCAUGGGGUGCCCUGUGGGCCUGCUGGUAAUCCCCAGAUCUUUCCAACGCCCACCUCCCAACCACAUGGCGGCGGCGGCUGUCCCAAUUUGCAGCAGUGAGGGCUAACUCGGACCUCCUUAGAGCACAUCCAUACCCACCACAUGCUAGAGGACAAAGAUCACUGCACUUGGGUCUGUCCCAGGGCCAGGCGCACAGCUGUGGCCAGUAACUGUUUGGUGGGUGAAACAUGAGUGGAAGGGUGGAGAGAGAAACUCUCUUGGGAUCCUGGUCCAGUGCUGCAGGUGCCGCUCCUGGCUGGAGUCCCGAAGGCUGGGCUGGCCGGCUCCCUGCUUACCACUGUGCUGGGCCUUGCCCACAGCAGGGGCUCAGCAGAUGAACGGACCGUAGAUGGGCAGCUGACUGAACCGACGUCCAUCUUCACACCUCCCCACGUUCCCUGCUACCCACCCCUGCUUCAUUCGUAGCACCUCCCACUGUCUAACACAAUGCUGUUUCCCUGUUUAUUACGUUUUUUCCAUCAGAACGAAAGCUCCUUGUGGGCAGGCCUCUGUCUGUAUUCCGAUACCUAGAAUUAUACCUGUACACAACGGGUGUUCAAUAAAUAUGUUACAGACUG